CAGAAAAUUAUAAAGAGUUAGACGUUGUAAUGUGGAAUAUUUGGAUAUUGGUAGUCAUCGUUACAACUGUCCAAGGGAGAUACGAAAAUGUAAACAUCAAACAAGAUUGGUGGGAAACAGCUAUUUUCUAUCAAAUAUAUCCCAGAUCUUUCAUGGAUAGUGACGGAGAUGGUAUCGGCGACAUCAAUGGUAUAACAUCAAGAUUGGAAUAUCUAAAAGAAAUAGGUGUUGAUGUCGCUUGGCUAUCAUCGAUUUUCAAAUCACCUAUGCACGAUUUUGGUUAUGACGUAUCUGAUUUCUACGCUAUACAACCAGAAUAUGGUUCUAUGGAAGAUUUUGAACAUCUUUUGAGAAAAUCUAAAGAUCUCAACAUAAAAAUUGUGCUGGAUUUUGUUCCAAAUCACACCAGUAAUGAGAGUGAAUGGUUUAUCAAAUCAUCUAACAAAGAUGAAUAUUAUAACGACUGGUAUAUCUGGGAAAAUGGUCACCUCGACGAUCACGGACAAAAGCAACCUCCGAAUAAUUGGAUCAGUGUAUUUAGAAAAUCUGCUUGGACCUUCAUGCCCAAUAGAGAUCAGUAUUAUUUACAUCAAUUUGGAGAGGCACAACCUGAUCUGAAUUUUAGAAAUCCUGUGGUCGUAGAUGAAAUUAAGAAUAUAAUUAAGUUCUGGCUAGAAAAAGGUGUAGCUGGUAUGCGGUUGACAUCUGUCAACCAUAUUUUUGAAGCUGAUAAGGAUAUGUACGGUGGCCGGUAUCCCGACGAACCGUUAACUGGUAAACCAGGGUUAGGUCCUGAUGAUUACGGCUACCUAGACCAUAUAUAUACACAAGAUCAAGAAGAAGUGUACGAUAUGGUCGCACAGUUUAGAGAUGUUUUUGAUGCUAUUACAAUUAGAGAUAACCUUACAAGAAUUAUGAUGACGGAUGCGAAUACAAAUAUUAAAAGUGCAGUGAGAUAUUACGGGGAGGGUAUCCACUCAGGAGCACAUAUCCCAUUCAAUUUGGCUCUUAUAGAGGACUUGGAUAAGGAUUCUGACGCGAGAGAUAUAAAAUAUACGGUGGAUCGCUGGCUGACUUACAAACCCUUGAAGAAACAAGCCAAUUGGGUGUUUGGCAAUCACGAUAAAAGCCGGAUAGCGUCACGAUUCAGGCCUGAAUUAGUGGACGCGUUUAAUAUGCUUGUUCUACUUUUGCCCGGAAUUGCUAUUACAUACAUGGGCGAGGAAAUUGGAAUGGUAAAUGGAUUUGUUCCGUGGAGUGACACGAAGGACCCGCGAGCGUGCAACACAGACGACCCUGUCAAUUUUAUAGAGAUUUCACGGGAUCCUGUACGUACGCCCUUUCAAUGGAACAACGGUAAAAAUGGAGGAUUUUCUUCAGCCGAUAGAACAUGGCUACCAGUUGCUGAUAGCUAUGAACAGUUGAACGUGGCCAACCAAAGAUCAGCUGUUCGAAGUCAUUACCAGGUGUACCGUACACUGACAAAUCUGCGUAUUCGACCUGCCUUCAAGUUUGGCCGUUACGAAUCUUUAGCACUGAACAGUGACGUGUUUGCUUUUAAAAGAUGGUAUAAUGACGAUUCUUAUGUGAUAGUAAUAAACGUCGGAAGAAGCGAUCACAUUGUUAAUCUGACAGCAUUUGAUUUAAUUUUCGGACAACUGGAAGUGGAAGCGAGCAAUGUUCUAUCAUCGAGGUCUUAUAGUGAUAAUGUUCAAGCCACUAAUUUGGAUCUUGCUUCAGACGAAGCUUUAGUACUCAGAAUGCAGGUCUGAUUAUUUUUGAUAUUUCAA